AUGGGAUUGGGUUGUGUACUUUACAUUGUCAUCCUCUCUGGUCUAUUGCUACUGCUUCCUGGGCUUUCUUCUUCACAUCCCUUAUGUACUGACUCUACUGCACCUUUGACUCCAAAGACACCUCUCACCUUCUGCCCUUAUAAAGGAAGAAUAUGUUGUAAUUCUACUAAGGAUCUUCAACUGGAAACACAGUUUAAGUCGAUGAACAUUUCAGAUUCUGCUUGUGCUUCUAUUAUGAAAUCAAUUCUCUGUGCGACUUGUGACCAAUUUUCAGCCGAGCUAUUUACAAUUGAUUCUGGACCUCGGUCAGUUCCUGUCCUAUGCGACUCCGCGAAUAACUAUUGUGGAAAGGUUUGGUCUGCAUGCUAUAAUGUGUCUAUGAUGAAUUCCCCUUUUGUUCCAUUGCAAGGAAGUAUGGAGGAAGCAGUUAAUUCCACUUCUUCCAAACUAACAGAUCUAUGGAAAUCAAAAAGUAAGUUUUGUAAAGCAUUUGGAGGAGCAUCCAGUACUGAUUCAGUAUGUUUUGAUGGUGAACCAGUUUUACUAAAAACUACUAAAACUGUGCAUCCCCCGAGCGGUCUGUGCCUUGAGAAAAUUGGGAAUGAAUCGUACGUUGAUAUGGUUGGUCAUUCUGACGGAUCUAACCGUGUCUUCUUAUCUGAUCAACAAGGUAGAAUAUGGUUGGCAACUAUUCCUAAUGUGGAAUCUGGGGGAACGUUAGGACCUGAUGAACUGAUUCUGUUUCUAGAUAUAUCAGACAGAGUUUAUGCAACUGACAGGCUAGGAGUAAGGGGCAUUGCAUUUCAUCCAAAAUUUAUGGAAAAUGGCCGGUUCUUUGUUUCAUUCAGUUGUGACGAGUCGAAAUGGGAUCAAUGUUCUGGUAUGUGUUCAUGUAAUUCAGAUGUGAAUUGUGAUCCUUCAGAAAUUGCUCCUUUUAAUGGGGGUUCUCCAUGCCAGUAUUAUAGUGUUAUCUCAGAAUUCACUGCUAAUGGCACUAAGUCACAAGUUUCUUUUUCCUCGUCUAUAGAUGUUAACAAGUUAGAAGUUAGAAGAAUAUUUACUAUGGGGCUUCCAUAUACUGGUCAUCAAGGGAGUCAGAUUCUCUUUGGACCCUCAGAUGGAUAUUUGUAUUAUAUGAUGGGAGAUGGUGGGGGUGUUGGUGAUCCUUACAAUUUUUCCCAAAACAAGAAAUCUUUGCUUGGAAAGAUAAUGAGGUUUGAUGUGGAUAACUUUCCAGGUCCAACAGAGAUAAAUGCACUUGGUCUUUGGGGAAACUAUUCUAUACCCAAAGGUAAUCCAGUUUCUGAAGAUAAUGAAUUGAGGCCUGAAAUUUGGGCUUUGGGGCUAAGAAAUCCUAAGAGAUGUUCUUUUGAUUCAGAGAGGCCUUCCUAUUUUCUCUGUGGAGAUAUUGGAGAGGAUAGAUAUGAAGAGGUGGAUCUUAUCACAAAGGGUGGAAACUACGGAUGGCGUGUUUAUGAGGGUCCAUAUCUUUACAAUCCUCAAAGAUCACCAGGUGGAAAUACUUCUGCCAAUUCAAUAAAUCACAUCUUCCCUAUAAUGGGAUAUGAUCACUCUGCUAUAAACAAGAACAUAUACCCAGAGGGGGCAGCAAUUAUAGGUGGCUACUUGUAUCGGUCCUUGACCGAUCCAUGCACAUAUGGAAGGUACAUCUAUGCUGAUGUCUUUGCUGAAGCUAUAUGGGUUGGUACUGAAAACCCAGAGAACAGUGGAAACUUCACCAGCAACCAGAUUGCAUUCAAAUGUGCUGAUGACUCUCCAAUCCAAUGUAACUUCAUAGAGGGAAGUAGUCUCCUUGCUUUGGGUUAUAUAAAUGCAUUUGGUCAGGAUAAUAGGAAGGAUGUUUACAUUUUUGCCACCACUGGUGUGUAUAGAAUUGUUCGUCCAAGUCGGUGCAACUACAUGUGCUCCAAGGAAAAUGUUUCAUCUGUUGCAAGUUCUGGUCCUUCAAAUUAUUCUUCAUUCAGGAGCUCAUUUUGGAUACAAUAUUAUUAUCUGGUGCUUUUGUUCUCUGUAUUAAUGCUUCUACAGGAGCUUAUUUAUUGAGCUAUAGGUUGUUGUGCUUGUUA